AUGAUUGAGUGGCCGGUGGUGCUAGAGUCCCGAGAAGGAGAGCUGCAGCAGAUACGAGCCGGAAAGGGCAUGGUUGCCAGGUUCGAUGUUAAGGAUUACAUCACAGGAUUUGGUAGUCCACAAUGGAAGAAGACUCACGAGGCUGCUGAGAAGACUGCUGUGGUUAUCACAACACUCUUGAAACAUGGAGCUACUUGUGUUGGCAACACUAUCAUGGAUGAGCUUGGUUUUGGGGUUAUUGGAGAAAACAAGCACUAUGGCACUCCUAUUAACCCGUUGAUGCCAUCUAAUGUUCCUGGAGGAUGUUCCAGUGGCUCAGCAGUUUCUGUUGGGGCUGAACUCGUUGACUUUUCACUUCGGAUUGAUACCACUGGCGGUGUUAGAAUCCCAGCAUCCUUUUGUGGCAUGAGUUCAAAACAAAUCAUGAAGAAUGGUCGCAAACGUGCAAAUCGUUUCUAGGGCCAAGAUUUUCCAAUGAUGUUGUUACAGCUCUAAACAGCAGAAACGAGAGCAUUAAAUCACUCUACAGAGUGAAAACUGAGAUGCGGGCCACCAUUCAGAGCCUUCUAAAGGUAAACGUUGAAUUUUGGAAAUGUACAAAUUUUCAAAGCCAUCUGUGUCUUGAGGACAAUUGCCACUGAAAUACAGAAGUGGUUGUAGUAUUAAAUUUCAUUUCUUAAGCUUAUACUAUGCUUUUGUUGUUGAACUCAGUUCAAGAUGAAUUGUACUUGGGUAUGUAAAACAUUGAUUUGUCUAUUUUAAAAGUUAUGGCUGAUUUACGGUUAAG